GUCGUUGAGGGUUUCAAAGGAUAUCAACCGGGCCUGCGAUAGGCUACUCAUAAGCGAUAUUCAGCAUUUAAGGUCAAUUGAUCAGGAGGAGAAUGGAUCCAGUUUGAGCAUCUUGACUGAUAAGUUGCCGAGUGUAAUCCUGUAACCAUGGCGACCUGUGGGCGUGGUUGUGUCCCGGCACUGCGUUUCUGCCAAAGGCUGAACCGCCUGAAGACCCUGGAUGAUGAUUUGAUGGUGACAUCAAUGAAGCGCUGCCUGACCAUGGUGGACCUGGCCCUGCUGGGUGUUGGGGGCAUGGUGGGCUCUGGCCUCUACGUCCUGACAGGCACUGUAGCCAAGGACACCGCGGGACCUGCCGUGGUCCUCUCCUUCCUCAUAGCAGGCAUCGCCUCCCUGAUGGCCGCCCUCUGCUAUGCUGAGUUCGGAGCUCGCGUGCCCAGAACGGGCUCAGCCUACAUGUUCACCUAUGUUUCUUGUGGGGAAAUAUGGGCCUUUCUCAUUGGCUGGAAUGUAGUGUUGGAGUACAUGAUUGGUGGGGCUGCGGUGGCGCGGGCGUGGAGUGGUUACCUGGACUCCAUGUUUAACCACACUAUCCAGAACUACACAGAGAACCACAUAAUGAAGUGGAAUGUUCCUUAUAUUGCCCACUACCCUGACCUGCUGGCCGCCGGGAUUCUAGUGGUUGCCACCAUCUUCAUAACCUUCGGAGUGCGAGUCUCUUCUUGGCUCAACCACAUCUUCUCCGCUGUUAGUCUGGUUGUCAUACUCUUCAUCUUGGUGUUUGGCUUCGUGCUGGCCGAUCCAGUCAACUGGAGCCAGAAAGAAGGAGGUUUUGCACCGUUCGGAGUGUCUGGGGUUAUGGCAGGCACAGCCACCUGCUUUUACGCAUUUGUUGGCUUCGAUGUGAUUGCAGCCUCCAGCGAGGAGGCAAAGAACCCCCAGCGAGCCAUUCCUAUGGCCACAGCCAUCUCCUUGUGCAUGGCAGCCACAGCCUACAUCCUGGUCUCCACUGUCCUCACUCUCAUGGUGCCCUGGCACUCCCUCGAUCCCAACUCAGCUCUGUCUGACGCCUUCUUCCGCCGAGGCUACAGCUGGGCUGGCUACAUCGUGGCAGUAGGGUCCAUCUGUGCCAUGAACACAGUGCUCCUCAGCAACCUCUUCUCCCUCCCUCGGAUUGUUUACGCUAUGGCGGAGGAUGGCCUCUUCUUCGCCUUCUUCGCCAAGGUCAACCCUGUCACCAAGGUCCCUGUGAAUGCCAUCUUGGUGUUUGGCCUCCUCAUGGCCGUCAUGGCCCUCAUCUUUGACCUGGAGGCCCUGGUCCAGUUCCUGUCCAUCGGUACCCUCCUGGCCUACACCUUUGUGGCAGCCAGUGUCAUUGUGCUGCGCUUCCAGCCUGAGAAGGAGAAGACCAGUUCCAAGGCUAACUCCACUACCUCCCCAAACACCAACUACAACCCAGAGCCCUCACCCGAAGCCUCCGAGUCCCAGAUCAUAGCUCAGGACAGCGGGGAGCUGAAGGAGUAUGAGUCCUUCUCAGACAAGCUACAGCUGGUGGAGAUGCAGCAGACCAGGGAACGCAGCGCCCCAGGGGUGUUGAAGGCCCGCUGGGAGCCCUACCUGGGCAGGUUGCUAGGGGACUUUGAGCCGGGGGAGGUGGUGGCCUUCUCUGUGCUGGCGGUGAUGGUGAGCUCUGUGUCCCUCUGUGCCGUUUUUGUGUUUGGGAGUAACCAGCUGCAGCUGCCUACGUGGAGCUUUGCCGUGCUAAUAGUGGUGUUUGGCUCAACCUUCCUCCUCAGCCUGGUCGUCAUAUAUGCCCAUGAACCACAUAUCAACACCAAAACCUUCCAGGUACCCUUGGUCCCAUUCAUCCCUGGUGCAAGCAUCCUCAUGAAUGUGUUCCUAAUGCUGAAGCUCAGCCCAAUGACCUGGAUCCGCUUUACCGUAUGGGUGGCUGCAGGUCUACUGGUGUAUUUUGGCUAUGGGAUAUGGCACAGUAAGGAGGGCCUGAGGGAGCUGCAGCCCAAGGACAUGGCUGCCAGGUACGUGGUGCUCCCUAGUGGCAGCCUGGUAGAGACAGUCCAAUCAGUGCAGCCGAACGGACAUGGGGACGCCAGCGCCCUCCACACCACCCCCUCCCCCGUCCGGUCUGCUGAAGAGCAGCAGGCAAAGAGAUGAUGUGUAGGAAUUUGGAAGGGAGCCAUCUUUAUUUCAGUGGGCCGUUUAUCAUCUAUCUGCUCCUACUCAUACAUUACCUCACUCUCUUCUCCUCUGACUUCCCUCUCGUGACUGGCCUCAUACAAUCAGUGUGUACUGCCACAAGGCUGUGUUUCUCUGCGUUAGUAAGUACACAUCACACAAUGAGAUUUACGCUCUCUCAUUAUGAAACAUAUUUAUAUUUAUUUUUACAUAUUGUAUCUCUUAAUAUGGGAACAUAGUAAUAAAGCUAUCUAGCAUUGUUUAGGAUAUUGCUAUUGGUUAUAAUCACUGUAUUUAAAAAAAGGUAGAUAAACCGGCACAGGUGUUAUUUCCUUGUUAGCAUUUCUCUCAACUCCUCAAUUGAUCCGCUUUUUAAUGUCUCUCAGUCACUCACAAUUGAAUGUGUUUGGUAGUAGGAUGGUGCUUUUGGUCAUAGCAUACAUUGAGUCAUGUUGAUAAGCUGCAUUUUUCGUUUUGUAAGCACUGGAAUGAAUGGACCUUUGUUUAGACACACCCAUGUACAAACACAUAUUCACAUUUGCUUUCUCUCUCACACACACACACACACACACACACACACACACACACACACACACACACACACACACACACACACACACACACACACACACACACACACACACACACACACACACACACACACACACACACACAAGCAUUAUUCUUUCCUGAGGAGAGACUAGGUUCUAUCAGUGGGUCAUGUGGGUCCACUUACAACCCCUGGGACCACCUGAAGAUCCCCCUCAUUCCCUCGCACUAGUGGCUGCUCAGCCAAACGCAAAUCAUUUACAUACAUUUUCUAUUUUAAUGAUUAUUUCGGACUUGUUUCAUGUAGUUUCUGAGCUGUGAAAGUCUAUUUUAUAAUUUUAAUUUUGCAUUUCACUGAUGGCAUAUCACACACAUAUUAUGUUCUGUUUUGGGAUGUUUUUGUACCUCGCUUCGUAUCAUAAUGACCCGACUCCACUUGUUAAUGUUCUCUGUCUCCAUCACAUGAGAUUGUCACUCUCUUCUUCUAAGGCGGAGUAGGCCUUUCAACCUCUCACUUAAUCCACUUUCCCCAAUGCACAAGAACUAGACAGCGACCCAUUCAAAUCAAAAUCAAAUCAAAUUUAUUUAUAUAGCCCUUCGUACAUCAGCUGAUAUCUCAAAGUGCUGUACCGAAACCCAGCCUAAAACCCCAAACAGCAAGCAAUGCAGGUGUAGAAGCACGGUGGCUAGAAAAAACUCCCUAGAAAGGCCAAAACCUAGGAAGAAACCUAGAGAGGAACCAGGCUAUGUGGGGUGGCCAGUCCUCUUCUGGCUGUGCCGGGUGGAGAUUAUAACAGAACAUGGCCAAGAUGUUCAAAUGUUCAUAGAUGACCAGCAUGGUCGAAUAAUAAUAAGGCAGAACAGUUGAAACUGGAGCAGCAGCACGGCCAGGUGGACUGGGGACAGCAAGGAGUCAUCAUGUCAGGUAGUCCUGGGGCAUGGUCCUAGGGCUCAGGUCCUCCGAGAGAGAGAAAGAAAGAGAGAAGGAGAGAAUUAGAGAAAGCACACUUAGAUUCACACAGGACACCGAAUAGGACAGGAGAAGUACUCCAGAUAUAACAAACUGACCCUAGCCCCCCGACACAUAAACUACUGCAGCAUAAAUACUGGAGGCUGAGACAUUCCCCUUCUGUGUGCUAGCAUGAGAUUAGUUUAUACAACCAUCUAAUAUAAAAGCACCUGGAUUAUUUUAGCUAUGGCUUUGUUCUCAUUUCUCUUCAUACACAACAGUGAUAAUGCGAGACGAGAGUUAUAAACAUGUGUUUUAAUAUAUGCUUUUUGUAAGGCAAGCACAAACCCAGUUCAUGAUGUACCUGAACAGGGUAUUUGGUGCUGCUGUUUAGAAGCAUAUUAACAAACAGGGAUUGAGUGUUUUGUCAGACUAUGCCAGCCAUAGGACAUCUCUUAUCCUCAUGAGACCUAUGUAAUCCGACAGAUUUGCAGCAGUCCCUGCGGUUGACCAAUAGCUUGAUCUAGAUUACAUACGCGCACAGAUCACUCUCACUCGCAGUGCUGGAUUACACUGACCUCCUCAGAGAGGGAUUGCACUCUCACACCCAGUUACUCACUACCCUGUCUGAUAGCACAGUGUUCGAGAGGGCAGUAAGAUGUCAUGACAAUGUAACAUUGUCUCAACGUGAUAAUCAUAACAUUCCCAUAGCUAAAGUUUUCAGUCAAGUCCUGAGAACGGAUUAUUUUGUUACCUCUAAGGUGUAUAUUUGUCUGUUUGUCACGUUUGGAGAUUGCGGUAAAACGUCUACCAUUUAUCUGUAUAAUAAUAAUGUAACUACAACAUUGCCUUGAUGUUAUUAGCGUUUUCUAUAUAUCACAGUCCUUAGAAUGAUGAAAAAUAAGCAUGAGUCCCUCACUACCGGCUACCAACCUCACACGUGUCUGUAGCUCACCUUAGUGUUGUACUCAAAAAUAUGUUUGUUUUGUCUCUUAUUUAUCACUAUUUAUUAGUUAUUGUAAACAUACAUUUGUUUAUGUAAAUAUAUGACAAAAGCAACCAAUGGCCUUAAAGAUGUUUUCAUGAGUACAGAAUGAUUCCCAAAGCUUACGUGAAAUCUAAACAACUUUAGUUGUUCAGGUAGCUUUUCACUUCUAUCCAAGUAGUUUACCCUGUUAUAAUCUCAGUAUUUAUUCAUAGGAUAUUAUAUUGUAAACUACUAUAUUCUAUUCAAUUGAUUUCAACAACAGAUACAGCCUUUGACGUAAUCAAAUGUUGGUGGAUGUGGGGAUAACAAAAUAUUAAAUGGAUUUUUGUACAACUUUGCACAUAGUUUAAGAUUUUAACUGCAAACAACUGUAUGUGUCUCUCUACCAGUGUGUCUCUGUUGUUCCUGCGUGUGACAGGUGUUGACACUAUGGUGCUUUUGGCAAGCUGAACAUUUCCUCACCUCGAUGGGUUACGUUCUCUGUCUUGUGUGGUAGUAAGCACAAUGCGCUAUGGGCUCUGACUGUACCUAUGUACUCUGUACUUACACAUUCAAAUUCUAAGUAUUUUUUGUUGUAUAAAGUCUAAAAGAAGCUGUGUUAUUUCGUGACAAAUAAAUGUUUUGAAGCAGCA